CUUUCGAAGAAGCUGUGUUUCAAACAAGAAUGGUACAAAUAGAGGCUAUCCAUCCAAAGGUAUUCCUUGAUAUAUCAAUUGGAGGUGAACGCAUUGGUAGAAUAGUGGCUGAAUUAUAUGAAGAUGUUGCACCAAAAGCUGCUGAAAACUUUUUACAUCUAUGUAUUGGUGACAAAACAGAUCCAAAUGGAAACAAGCUAACAUUAAAAGACAAUCACUUCCAUAAAGUUAUCAAAAACUUUAUGAUUCAAGCUGGUGAUAUAACUUAUGGGUCAUCAAAUUUUCAAAACCAAGAAAUAGGGAAAGGUGGUUGUUCAGUAUUUUCAACUAAAUCAAACCUUUCGGGGACUUUUGAAGAUGAAAACCUAGGGGACUUCAGUACCUUAUUCAAUCUUGCAAUGGCAAAUACUGGUCCAAAUACGAAUACUUCACAGUUUUUCAUUAAUACAUAUCCGUCACCUCAUUUAAACCAAAAACACACCAUAUUUGGGAAAAUCACACAUGGUAAAUCAACAGUUCGUGCUAUUGAACUAGAACUAGUUGAUGAAAAAAGUAUACCCAAGAAGGACAUUAUAAUUGAAGAUUGUGGGCAGUGGGAUGAAACGUUAGGAGUCCCAGUUUAUAAUGCAUCUUAUAGUACAGUUGGUGGUGAUAUAUAUGAAGAAUACCCAGAUGAUGAUGAUCAUUUUGACAAGGAGAAGACAGCAGAAGCUUAUGUUGCAUCAAAUAUCAUUAAAGAAUCUGCAACCAUUUUAUUCAAAGAGAAAAAUUACAAAGAAGCAUUAUUCAAAUACAAAAAAUCACUUAGAUAUGUUGUUGAAUUUAUUCCUGAAAAAGAUCAAGAACCAGAAUAUGCACCAAAAUUCGAAGAGUUGAAAAGAAAAUUAUAUCUGAAUUUGGCUUUAGUAUGUGUUAAUCUUAAGGAUUAUAAGAGAGCUGUUGAUUAUUCAACUUAUUUGCUUGAAUCUGAUACUGCUACAGAAACUGAAAGAGCUAAGAGCUAUUAUAGAAGAGGGUUAUCAAAAGUUGAGCUCCAUAAAUAUGAAGAAGCCCUGGAAGAUUUCCAAAACUGUCAUAAACUCAAUUCAAAAGAUGCUGUUGUUGUGAAAAAGAUUGAAGAAACUGAGAAAGUGAUACAGGGACUCAAGAAUAAAGAGAAACAAAAAUAUGCAAAGUUUUUUGGAUAG